AUGGCCGAGCACUAUUCGCAGCUUUGCGCUCUCCUGGUCGACGAGUCGUAUGGUCAACUCUCGGCCCAUGUCUUUCGCACACUUGCUCUUUGGGGUCGAGUGAACCUGCAGACCCUCAUCUCCAACGCCCAGCUCUCUCCCCGCCAUGUCAAAUACGCCUUGACUGUCCUCAUACAGCAACAUCUGGUCCUCCACUCCUCUGCCGCCGGUAGCGAUCCGCAGACCUUCUAUGAAGUUGACUGGAAUGGCGCAUACAAUCUGAUGCGAUCUGGAAAGAUCAUCAACAUCGUUCAAGCACGUUUCGGCGAAGCUGCUGCUCAGCUCGUGUCCAACUUGCUGCAACUCGGUCACGCACGUGUCGGAGACUUAGAGGAUGCCUACAAGUUUUCCAAGAACCCUGGACAUGCAAUUGAUACCGAGGUCGAACACAUUAACGGCGAGGGUAUGCCUGCGCAAAGAGGUCUCAAAAAGAUCACCACUCCCGAACAACUUCAUUCAAUGCUCUGCAAGCUCUUGGAAUCUGGUUUCCUAACACGAGUCCGCCCCACCACCUUCCUUUCUGCCGCCGAUUCUCACAACGAAGCCGAUCUCGUAGUCAAACGCGAGCAAUUUCCCGAUGGCAAAGUCACAGGUCCUAAGGCCAAGGUCGUGUAUGAGCAGGCUCUAAGAGAUCUAAAAAGAAAAUGGAGGGAUACUGCCGAAGAUGCUGUCACUGGUGUGAAGAAGGUUCCCAAGAGAUCCAAUGGAUAUGGUCCAUCCGCAAAAAGAAUAAAGACCAACGGAGGCACAGCAAAUGGUGUGGGCACAUAUGGCGCUGAAGAUGAGGACGAUGUCGUUAUGGACAAGGACAUGGUGUUGAAGGUCAGCUGGGAUAAAUGCAAUGUUGCGUUGCGCAGCCAGGCUCUGCAGAAUUUGGCUGCAAAGUCUAUCGGAGAUGUCACGGCAUCUGUGUACGGCGCAUUACUGGAACUGCUGGAAAGAAAAUGUCCAAGAUGUUACGACGAGCUUGCCAUAUACACAGACGAAGCCGACGAAGAAGCCGCUCAGCCUACCUCUACUACCCUCGAGAUUACUGACAUUCUCGAUCCUACCAUCGAUCUAGCCUCUACACUUUCUAACGGCGACGAUGAUGAUUACGAUCUGGAAGAUGGCGAUGUUCCAAAACGAGAAAAUGGCAUUGACAAACUCAAAGGCGGUGCUUCUGCCUUUGCUGACCGUAAUCAACGUCUGACACUGGUCGAACAACACAUGGCCCUUUUGGCUGAACAUCCACGUGGUUUCGCUCAGAAAGUGAGCACUCGCGGUAAAGGAGAGUGGAGGGUUAAUUUCCCAGCACUCAUCCGCUGGAUGCAACGCAACGAGGUCGAACAAGUCAUCAACGCUGGAUACGGAAGUAUCGCUACACGUAUCGUCCGCAUGCUGCAUGCCAAAGGCAAACUCGACGAAAAGCAAGUCGCCAACUUCUCUCUCAUGCGUCAGAAGGAUAUCCGCAGCAUCUUGACUGCCAUGCAUGAGCAGGGUUUUGUCGAAGCACAGGAAGUUCCCAAAGACAACACACGUCAGCCCAGCAGAACUCUGUUCUUGUGGUACUUUGAUCCAGAACGCUGUCGCCAAUUGCUUCUGCAACGCACAUACAAAGCACAAGCUCGUCUGAUUCAACGCAUGCAACAUGAGAAGGAUGUUGUCAGCGAGGUCAUUCAAAAAGCCGAGCGUCUCGAUGUUGUUGGUCAUGAAGACGAGUACUUGACUGCAGGCGACAAGCAAGUUCUCCGCACCUGGCGUGAGUUUGAGGAGAAACUCUUGACUCAGCUUGCCCGCCAGGACGAUCUUGUUGCUUUGCUUCGUGACUUCCUGCCUGAUGUGCGCGAUGCUGCUUCCGCUUGA